GAUUGGCUGAGCGGGGAAAUUGCCGUACAUGGUAAAAGAGAUUUCGCAAUCCGCUGCUCUCCAUGUUACAAACAAAAACACUCCGAGCUCCGACACACGGAAUAAACUCGAACUUUCUGCGGGAACUUUCUCCACUUUGACGGAUGGUCGUUUCCUCCGCCGCCCACUGAAGGUCGUCCAGCGUUUCUUCUCCACUUGGUGUCUCGGAUUCUCUACAGCUGAGGAGACUCCGGUCAGAGAUCACUUCCUGCAGGCAUCACAUCCAAAUGAGCCGGCCGUCCCAGCCGAAACUAACAGCUGACCACAACGGCGUGAGCGUCAUCCAGAGCCAGGCCCACGCCUCCUCUUCCUCAUCCCUGCCGGCCGUCGCCGGGCUGCAGCAGGUCCCUCAGCUCGUCCCCGCCAACUCGUCCUCCACAGGAGGUAAAGCCCUGCCCCCUAGCAAGAUGAAGAAGCCCCCCGCAGACAAGGACAGCGAGGAGUACCGCCAGCGCCGCGAGCGCAACAACCUGGCGGUGAAGAAGAGCCGCAUGCGCAGCAAGCAGAAGGCCAUGGACACGCAGCAGCGCGUCAACGAGCUGAAGGAGGAGAACGAGCGGCUGGAGGCCAAGAUCAAACUGCUGAGCAAGGAGCUGAGCGUGCUCAAAGACCUGUUCCUGGAGCACGCCCACAACCUGGCCGACAACGUGCAGCCGCCCGCCGGCCCAGAGGGCUCCAGCCCCGCCCCCAACAGCUCCUCCACCAACGGGCAGUGAGGGGCGGGGCCUCGUCUUCACUGCUUCUGAUUGGUUUAUUGAUCAUUAAUUAAUCCAUCAGUUACCUUUAACCCCGCCUCCAAAACCUCCCAGAAUCCUCCUGGAAAACUUUUAUCCACGGAGGAAAACAACUACUAAACUCAGUCUGUGACUUCUUCACAUUUAUUCAGAUGUUACCUAAAGACUUUUAAAGUGAGCAGCAGUCGGUCCAACAGCAGUUAUUGAUUCUCUGAUCGAUCGAUCAGGACCAACUGAAGUCUGACAGACUGAGUCUUUCUGGUUCGACCCGACCGGCUGCUGCAGGACCGACAUGUAAAUGUUCAGAUUCCCUUUUCUAAGAUGUGUAUUUUCUGUUCCAGAGUUUUUAAGUAUUUCACUACAUGUUGAUGUCUGAAGGAGGGUUCUGUCUUUUAAACAUCAGAGACCAACAGAUCAGUUAGAGACAGAACCGUUCUCAACCGUGUUUAUUACCUAAGUGUUUGAGUUGCACAUGUUAAUGUUUGAACAGUCGAGUCUUUCCUGCCGAGUCGAGUUAAACCUUCAUCUGCUGUUGGAUCAGAGGCUGGAAUAGAGAAAACUACUGGAAUCUUCUCAAAUCAGAGAUCCAUAAUGUCCACAUUUACCUCCAGAACUGUCUGCAGGGUCCAAGUUUCACACAAAAAUUGUCCUAAAAGUCUAGAUUCUGCAGAAUAAUGCUUAGACUCUAACAGAGUUCUAAUCACUUUAACGUUUAAAGUAAAUUUUACCAUGAAGCAGGAAAAUCCUCUGGUUUGCUGCAGCCUCUGAUCUAACAGCAGCUCCAGGUUUAAACUCCAGGAAGCUGUGCAGGUAGAACUCCCAGCCUCACCUUACAGGUGAGGGCCCUCAUCUGUAAGGCCUCACCUGUAGGAGUUAACCUGUAGGGCUCUACAGGUGAACCCCUACAGGUGAGCGCCCUCACCUGUCGGCCUCCAGACAGGUGUGUCUGUGUUCGGUGGGCGGGUCCAGACACCACAGACUCUGCUGGCGUGCCGCAGCUUUAAUUAAAUCCACUUUAACCCGGCCGGAUCGUUAGCCGUCUGCUAACGAGGUCAGAGCAGAUCGGGACAGGUACCUGUGGUGACCCCGCCCACCACAGGCCACGCCCACCCAUGUCAGACUCUGUAAUUACAGGAGCUUUGUGUGGGAUUGGAGAGUUUCUCCACAGGGUUUGUCUGUCAGGAGCUUCACCUCCUGCAGGAAAGGUGUCGACUGAAUCUGAGCUGCAGCAGCCCAACGUUCCCACAACGUUCUCCUCACGUUCCUUCAGAUCUUCUCUCAGGAUGUUUUAACCAAAAAUGAAAACAAACGUACUGUUCAUCAGUCAGAACUGGAUGCUUGUUACUGAGGUUUUAAACGUCCUCCAGAUGAACUCAGAGCUGCAGCUGAUGAUCACUUCCUCAUCACUGAUCAUUUUCUGGAUCAAUCAGUCAGCUACACACGUGGACAAAAUUGUUGGUACCCCUCAGUUAAAGAAGGAAAAACCCACAAUUCUCACUGAAAUCACUUGAAACUCACAAAAGUAACAAUAAAUAAAAAUUUAUUGAAAAUUAAAUAAUCAAAAUCAGCCAUCACUUUUGAAUUGUUGAUUAACAUAAUUAUUUAAAAAAACAAACUAAUGAAAUAGGGCUGGACAAAAAUGAUGGUACCCAUAACUUAAUAUUUUGUUGCACAACCUUUUGAGGCAAUCACUGCAAUUAAACGAUUUCUGUAUUUGUCAAUGAGCGUUCUGCAGCUGUCAACAGGUAUUUUGGCCCACUCCUCAUGAGCAAACAGCUCCAAUUGUCUCAGGUUUGAUGGGUGUCUUCUCCAAAUGGCAUGUUUCAGCUCCUUCCACAUAUGUUCAAUGGGAUUCAGAUCUGGGCUCAUAGAAGGCCACUUUAGAAUAGUCCAACGCUUUUCUCUCAGCCAUUCUUGGGUGUUUUUGGCUGUGUGUUUUGGAUCGUUGUCCUGUUGGAAGACCCAUGACCUGCGACUGAGACCAAGCUUUCUGACACUAGGCAGCACAUUUCUCUCCAGAAUGCCUUGAUAGUCUUCAGAUUUCAUCGUACCUUGCACACUUUCAAGACACCCUGUGCCAGAUGCAGCAAAGCAGCCCCAAAACAUUACUGAGCCUCCUCCAUGUUUCACCGUAGGGACAGUGUUCUUUUCUUCGUAUGCUUGGUUUUUGAGUCUAUGAACAUAGAGUUGAUGUGCCUUACCAAAAAGCUCCAGUUUGGUCUCAUCUGUCCAAAGGACAUUCUCCCAGAAGCUUUGUGGCUUGUCAACAUGCAUUUUUGCAAAUUCCAGUCUGGCUUUUUUAUGAGUUUUUUUCAGCAGUGGUGUCCUCCUUGGUCGUCUCCCAUGAAGUCCACUUUGGCUCAAACAACGACGAAUGGUGCGAUCUGACACUGAUGUACCUUGGCCUUGGAGUUCACCUUUAAUUUCUUUGGAGGUUGCUCUGGGCUCUUUGGAUACAAUUCCAACGAUCCGUCUCUUCAAUUUGUCAUCAAUUUUCCUCUUGCGGCCACGUCCAGGGAGGUUGGCUACUGUCCCGUGGGUCUUGAACUUCUGAAUAAUAUGAGCCACUGUUGUCACAGGAACUUCAAGCUGUUUAGAGAUGGUCUUAUAGCCUUUACCUUUAAGAUGUUUGUCUAUCAUUUUUUUCGGAUGUCCUGGGACAAUUCUCUCCUUCGCUUUCUGUUGUCCAUGUUCAGUGUGGUACACACCUUUUCACCAAACAGCAGGGUGACUACUUGUCUCCCUUUAAAUAGGCAGACUGACUGAUUAUGAGUUUGGAAACACCUGUGAUGUCAAUUAAAUGACACACCUGAGUUAAUCAUGUCACUCUGGUCAAAUAGUUUUCAAUCUUUUAUAGAGGUACCAUCAUUUUUGUCCAGGCCUGUUUCAUUAGUUUGUUUUUUUUAAAUAAUUAUGUUAAUCAACAAUUCAAAAGUGAUGGCUGUUUUUGAUUAUUUAAUUUUCAAUAAAUUUUUAUUUAUUGUUACUUUUGUGAGUUUCAAGUGAUUUCAGUGAGAAUUGUGGGUUUUUCCUUCUUUAACUGAGGGGUACCAACAAUUUUGUCCACGUGUGUAUUUGUCUCUAAAACGUGGAUCAGAGUUUCCUCAAACGUCUCGUUUAGUCCAAAGACCUUCAGUUUACUGUCAGAAAAGAAACCAGAGAAUAUUAUUUAAAAUUAAAAACGAUGAAUCAGUUAUCAGACUAGCUUCAGAUUAACAGCUGAUUGAUGAACGGCUGCAGCUCCAGAGAUGUUCCAGAUGUUCCACAUGUUCCAGAGCUGAAGUUGUGGGAACGUCCGUCUGUCUGUCGCCUCCAUCUGUUUCACUUUUCUAUCGUUGGUUUUCUACUUUUCUUGCAGCAUGUUAUCAUGUUUCUAGGGAGGUUUGCAUGAGGGUCUGAAUCGUUCCUGCACUCAGAGGAAACCCAACCUUCUGGUCUUCAUGGAUCUGGAUGUGAUCGUCGUGAUGUCUGCUUUGGUCUGAAUGUUGCUGGGCAGCAUUUCUGUGUCACUCAGCUUUUUUAUAUCAGAACCGGGGCUCAUGUGCAUUCUAAAUUAAAAUUGACUAUAAAAGUUGA